AUGACAACACAAACUGACGCAGUACUCUUUAGGGUUCAAACACUUAAAACUCCUUCUCCUUCAAGCGUUGUGCCAGCGACUUCUCAACAGAGGCAGUUUAACUUCGAAAAAGAAACCACUCCAAUUCAAGCGGAGAAAAGAUUUGUUGAACGAAGAAAUCUUAGAACAGAUGAUGUAUUCGAAUACAAAAGAAACGGAGAUGAUCCGGGUCUAAUUUUGAUCUUCAAUCAGGAAACUUACGAGGAUGAAACUUUGGGAACAAGAAAGGGAAGCAGAAGAGAUGUCAAUGAAAUUGCUGUUUGUUUUCAACGACUAGGAUUUAAUAUAGACGAACAUCAUCACAUUAUGACAGAUUUUAAGACAGCUCAAAUAAAAGAAACAUUAAAAAAUGUUGCAGCAAGAGAUCUUUCGAAAUACAACUGUCUUAUAGUGUUCUUUUUAUCCCACGGUGAAGAAUUCAACCAAAUUCACACCAAUGAUGACCUAAUUCGUGCAGAUCAAUUUUGGACCGAAUUUAAAAACAACAAAGGUCUUGCAAAUAAACCCAAAAUGUUUGUAUUUCAGGCAUGCAAAGGAGACAAUUAUUCAACUACAGGUAUUCAGAAGACACCAAGUUCUUCCACAUCUUCAGUUAUCGCUCCUUCACAAACAUUUAAUACCAAUUUUUUGUAUCCGGAUUUACUAAUCGUAUAUUCUUCAGUAGAGGGUAACUCAUCAUUCAGGAACUCCUUAACGGGGUCUUGGUUUAUACAAGAGCUGUGUAAAAAUUUUUCUGUUUACGGAAAAAGAGAUGACGUCAUCAGUUUGAUAAUACGAACUACAAAAUGUGUAUGUGGAAACUAUUAUCAUUCUAUCAACAUUUCUGAAGAGCCUUAUAAAAUCAAUAAUGUGAAUCAAAAGCAGAUGCCCUUUUUUGUAUCAACUCUAAAGAAGAAGUUUUAUCUGAAUAGGAACAAAGACAGAGAUUUACUUAUUAGAAUAGCUGAAAGCAAUAAAGAAAUCUUGAAAAAUUUGGAACAAAUUAAAAAACAACAAAAAACACUAUUGGAUAGGUUAAAAAUGAACUAG